AUGAAAGCAGAAGAUGAAAUACUUAUACAAUUAUUUGAACCUGGGAAAUUUAGUGUAGUAAUAGUCAACUUGCGUUACCUCAUAUUUCCGGAAUAUUUCAGAACUUUAAAUUUAACCUCGCCUUCUACUUUCGAUGACAUUCCUUUCAGAUAUUUCAGAAAUAAGCAUUCCAAUGAUAUAAUUAUAUAUGAAGACUUUGUAGAGAAAGGAUCCAAACUCGAAAAUAUAGGAGAUAAUUGGCCUACUUUGUUUAGAUGA